UUCUGACAGGCAGCGGGGCGGAACCCGCGUGUUUACUAUAAAACCGCACGCUGCGGCUUCUGCGCAAAAGCUCGGCGCGUCCAUGGCGCGGAACGGCGCUGCGCUUCGGACCUACGCGCUGGGGGCUGCGCUCGUCCUGGCUGUGCCCCCCGCCGCGUCCACUGCGACCCCGGCCGUGCCCCGGCCUCCUCUGCUGACCGGCUGCGUGUUCCAGAACCGAGCCAAUGUCACCUGCCACUGGGAGGCGGGAGACGCCGCGGCGACUCACUACACUCUGCAAGUCCACAAGGUUUUAAAUAAGACAGACGAGCACCAGGAGGAAACGUACCGCGUGCUGCAGACGUUCGCCUGCGCCGCGUCGCGCGGCAGCUGCACGGCGGGAAUGCCCGGCUCCUCCGUGAGGUUCGUCUACUGCGUCACGGUCACGGCCCACGCCCGCGGGGGCGACGCGGCCUCGGCGCCGCGCUGUCAGUCUGGGAGGACCGAAGUGAUGCUGCCUCCCGUGACUCUGGGCACGAUCGAGCCGGUGACCGCGAGGCCUCGGUGUCUGAACCUGAGCUGGAGCGGCGCCUUGGCUCUGUUCCCUGUGUCCAAACCCGAAGUGCGAAGCGGAUUCUUGAAUUCCCAGAUUGAGUUCACAGCCCAGGGUCAGCUUGAUGCUCAGGUCCAAAACGUGACCGUGACAAACUUCGCGGUCCCGCUUUGCUUCUUCAGACCCGACACCUCGUACACCGUCAGGCUUCGGCACCGCUUCCAGGGCCCGAGGAGCCCCUGGAGCCCGUGGAGCAACGCACAGCAGGGGAGGACGGCCGAGGACGCUCCGUCGGCGGCGCCCGCGUUCUGGAGGCGAAUACGGCACAGAGAGGAGAACGGAUGGAAACGCGUGGUUCUGCUCUGGAAGCCUUUGCUCCACCCUGUGGCCAACGGCAGAGUCCUGUACUACAACGUGACCUGUCAGACGGAGCGCGCGCGAGUCCUGGGCGAAGACGGAGGCUGCGGCGAUUUGAAUCACACCAGGACUUCUUGCAGUUUGCUGCUUCCCGCCGGACGCUGCUCCUGCGCUCUCACCGCCUCCACCUCCGCGGGGACCUCCCCCGAAGCCCGCGUGUGGCUCCGCGGGCCCUCUGACCCGGAACCGCCCUCCGUGAAACAAAUCACUGCACAUGCACUGGAUGAGGGCAGCUUAGAGGUUCGCUGGGCCGCUCCAGGCAACCAAUCAGAAACUGGGUUUGUGCUGGAGUGGUUUGCUGUCAGAGAUGAUACCAGCACCGUCCUGUACUGGGAAAGACUGAAUAGUUCCUGCAGAGCAUUGGUCAUCACAGAGGGAAUAAAGCCGGAGGAGCGUUACUCAGUGUCUGUCACGGUGCUGUACGGUGAACAGGGGGGAGGAAAACACAGCACACUCCACGUCUACACCGUCCAAGGAGCUCCCUCUGCUGGGCCCACGCUGAAGGUGCAGCAGCUCUCCGGCGGCUCGGUGGAGCUCAGCUGGAGGCCUGUAGCCGUGGAGCUGCGUCGCGGUUUCAUCCGAAACUACACAGUCUGUUACUCCGCGAUGAACCAAACAGCCAAGUGUGUGUUUGUGCCGGCUCAUGCUCACACCUGCUCUCUGAAGAGCCUGUUGCCAGGCAACUACGCCAUCUUCAUGCGGUCCAACACGGACGCUGGCGCCGGAGCAGCUGGUCCCGUCAUUAACGUGCACAUAGACGCCGAGGAGCGUUCAGUCAUGAUCUACACCAUCCUCCCUCCUGUGAUGAUGCUGCUGGCCCUGGUUCUGAUGGGCUGCCUGCUGCAGAACAGCAUAGUGAAGCAGAAGCUGUGUCAAGAUCUCCCUGACCCCUCCCACAGCACUGUGGCCCACUGGACCCCGAAAACGGCUGUGAGGGGUCUGAGGCAUUCGCUGGUCGCAGAGCGGUCGCAGGUCAAAUACUCUGAGGUCGACUUUCCUGCGGACAGCGAGCAGCAGAGCUGCGAUGCCGACCAGGAGGUCUAUAACCUGCAGACGUACGCCCCAACUCUGAGGCCUCAGGUGCAUCAGAAUCCCAGGCUGUUGGAGCCGUUUAGCUCUGGUAACCAAACCGGAGCCACGGCGACCUCCAGAGCAGAUCUCUCCUCCUGCGACUGCAUCUAUUCCACAGUUUUACCCUCCCAGACCCUCGAUAAUGCUCCCACACCCUGCAUGUCCCACGCUGGCAGCUCUACUGAUGUUGAGGUGCAGCUCGGUCCAGGGGAGGAGCCCCCACAGCCCAGUAAACUUAAACCCUACAGCCUUUUUCUGAAACAGUAUGAAACCCCAGGUUCCUUGCCUGAUGUCACCUCUGUCUUUACUGCUGAGGUCACAUCACUCCAUCAGCCUUUUUCUCAAAGCGCCUUCAACCUGGCCUCAUUGCUCCAGCUCGGCUCCUUCUCCCGCCCUGAUGCUCCUUCUACCAACUCAUCUACCUCAUUCUCGCCUUCUCGGGCCCUGGUUUUGGUCGAUAUGCCCUACUGCCCUGUGAAAUGUGAACCUUACGCCUCACUUGUCGUUUAGCUUUCGCGACGGCGACACGCUCUACUUGAUGUUUUAGUCUGUGUGAGAAUAAAAGAGAAGAAAAUAUCAGAUCCUGUCGAUGGACGGAUAUGCAUGCACAGCUGCUCUACAUUUGUUUGUAAGAUCUCCAUCUUACUUUCACUCAUCCAUCCCCACAAAUCGUGAUGGCUUAUUUCAACAAAUAAAUAAUCUAAAGUAUAAACACA